CGGCGGCUUUCGUUUUUGUAUUUUAGCGGGUGGGGUGGGGUAUCGGGAGGGGAAGCCUCGCCCGCGGAGAAGCGGGGGCUGGGAGCCAGCGAAGAGACCCGUCGAGGGGAUGUUGCGGUGGAUCCGGCAGCAGCUGGGUUUUGACCCACCACAUCAGAGUGAUAACCGAACUAUUUAUAUAGCCAAUCGUUUUCCUCAGCAUGGUCAUUAUGUUCCUCAGAAGUUUGCAGAAAACAGAAUAAUCUCCUCUAAGUAUACUGUAUGGAAUUUUGUUCCCAAAAAUUUAUUUGAGCAGUUCAGAAGGAUAGCCAACUUUUAUUUUCUUAUUAUAUUUUUGGUUCAGCUUAUGAUAGAUACACCUACAAGUCCAAUAACCAGUGGAUUGCCAUUGUUUUUUGUAAUAACUGUGACUGCCAUAAAGCAGGGCUAUGAAGAUUGGUUACGCCAUAAAGCAGACAAUGAAGUGAAUGGAGCUCCAGUGUAUGUUGUUCGCAGCGGUGGCCUUGUAAAAACAAGAUCAAAGAAUAUUCGGGUGGGAGAUAUUGUCAGAGUAGCCAAAGAUGAAACUUUCCCUGUUGAUCUCGUACUUCUGUCAUCUGACAGAGCAGAUGGCUCUUGCCACGUUACUACUGCAAGCUUGGAUGGAGAAACUAAUCUUAAGACGCAUGUUGCAGUCCCCGAAACAGCAAUAUUGCAGUCAGUUGCCAAUCUGGACAAACUUGUAGCUGUUAUAGAAUGUCAGCAACCAGAAGCAGAUCUAUACAGAUUUGUUGGACGAAUAACAAUAAGUCAACAAAUUGAGGAAAUAGUACGACCUCUUGGACCCGAAAGUCUCUUACUUCGUGGAGCAAGAUUGAAAAACACCAAAGAAAUUUUUGGUGUUGCAGUGUAUACAGGAAUGGAGACGAAGAUGGCAUUAAAUUACAAGAGUAAAUCACAGAAACGAUCAGCAGUAGAAAAGUCUAUGAAUUCCUUUUUGAUUAUCUAUCUAAUAAUCCUCCUCUUUGAAGCAAUCUUGAGUACAAUAUUGAAAUAUGCCUGGCAGUCUGAAGAAAAGUGGCAUGAGCCUUGGUAUAACCAGCAAACUGAUCAAGAAAGAAACAGUAGCAAGAUUCUGAGAUUCAUUUCAGAUUUCCUUGCUUUCCUGGUCCUUUACAACUUCAUUAUUCCCAUUUCACUGUACGUGACUGUUGAGAUGCAGAAAUUUCUAGGAUCUUUUUUUAUUGGUUGGGAUCUUGACCUCUAUCAUGAAGAAACAAAUGAGAAAGCCCAAGUGAACACUUCAGACCUCAAUGAAGAGCUGGGACAGGUGGAGUAUGUGUUUACAGAUAAAACUGGUACAUUAACUGAAAAUGUGAUGCAGUUUCGGGAAUGUUCCAUUAAUGGUAUAAAGUACCAAGAGAUCAAUGGCAAACUGGUUCCAGAAGGGCUGAUUGAGGAUGUUCCAGAUGGAAUACAGCCCAGACUGACGGAAGAGGAAGAAAUCUUCCUGAAAGCUGUUUGUCUCUGUCACACAGUGCAGAUUAAUAAUGACCAAACUGACGGCAUUUGUGACAGUCCUUGGCGUAGCAAUGGCAUAACCUCUCAGCUGGAAUACUAUGCCUCCUCCCCAGAUGAAAAGGCUUUAGUCGAAGCUGCCCGCAGGGUUGGUGUUGUGUUUACUGGAGCAAGUGCAGAAAGUAUGGAGCUUAAAAGCUGUGGAAAGCCAGAAAGGUACAAAUUACUACAUAUUUUGGAGUUCGAUGCAAAUCGCAGAAGAAUGAGCGUAAUUGUAGAAAGCCCAUCAGGUGAGAAGCUUUUAUUCACCAAAGGUGCAGAAUCCGUUAUUCUUCCUCGCAGUACAAGGGGAGAGAUAGAAAAAACCAGAAUUCAUGUGGAUGAAUUUGCUUUGAAAGGAUUAAGAACUCUGUGUGUAGCUUACAGAAAAUUCACCGCUAAGGAGUAUCAGGAAGUCGAAAAACGCCUUUUCGAGGCAAAAACCGCUUUACAACAGCGGGAAGAGCGGUUGUCAGAGGUGUAUAACUUUAUAGAAAAUGACCUGGAACUACUUGGAGCUACAGGAGUAGAAGACAAACUCCAAGACAAAGUCCAAGAAACCAUAGAAGCCCUCCGACUGGCAGGUAUUAAAGUGUGGGUGCUCACUGGCGACAAGCAUGAAACCGCUGUCAGUGUCAGUUUAUCUUGCGGACACUUCCACAGAACCAUGAACAUCCUGGAACUUGUGCAACACAAAUCAGACAGUACAUGUGCAGAGCAGCUGAGGCAGCUAGCCAGAAGAAUAGAGGAGGACCAUGUAAUCCAGCAUGGGCUGGUGGUGGACGGGACCAGCCUCUCCCUUGCACUCAGGCAGCACGAGAAGCUCUUCAUGGAAGUCUGCAGAAAUUGCUCUGCCGUCCUGUGCUGUCGCAUGGCGCCUCUGCAGAAAGCAAAGGUUGUGCGGCUGUUGAAAACCUCUCCAGAGAAGCCUAUCACGUUAGCUAUAGGAGAUGGAGCUAAUGAUGUGAGCAUGAUACAGGAAGCGCAUGUUGGGAUAGGUAUUAUGGGUAAAGAAGGAAGACAAGCUGUAAGGAACAGUGACUAUGCAAUUGCAAGAUUUAAAUUUCUUUCCAAAUUACUUUUGGUCCACGGCCACCUUUAUUAUAUUAGAAUAGCAACCCUUGUACAGUAUUUUUUUUACAAGAAUGUGUGCUUUAUUACACCACAGUUUUUAUAUCAAUUCUUUUGCUUGUUUUCACAACAAACUCUGUAUGACAGUGUGUACCUGACUUUGUACAACAUUUGUUUCACCUCACUGCCAGUCCUCAUGUACAGUCUUUUUGAACAGCACGUGCAUCCCCAUGUAUUGCACAGCAAGCCAACGCUGUAUCGAGACAUCAGUAAAAAUGCCCACUUGGGCUUUAAGCCUUUCCUUUACUGGACCUUCCUGGGAUUCGUUCAUGCUUUUGUUUUCUUCUUUGGCUCAUAUAUUCUGAUGGGAGAAGACACUUCAUUGCUGGGAAAUGGCCAGAUGUUUGGAAACUGGACAUUUGGUACUCUGGUCUUCACGGUUAUGGUUAUAACAGUGACAAUGAAGAUGGCUUUAGAGACUCAUUUCUGGACCUGGAUAAACCAUUUUGUUACCUGGGGUUCCAUUGUGUUUUACUUUGUAUUCUCCUUGUUCUAUGGAGGAAUUAUCUGGCCAUUUUUGCACACCCAAGACAUGUACUUCGUAUUUGUCCAGUUGCUCUCCAGUGGCUCUGCUUGGUUUGCCAUAAUCAUCAUAGUUGUCACUUGUUUGUUUUUCGAUGUUGUGAAAAAAGUACUGUACAGACACCUGCAGCCCACAAGUACAGAAAAAGCACAGUUUACUGAGACAAGUGCAGGUAUCAACUGCUUGGACUCCAUGUGCUGCUUCUCAGAUGGAGAAACAGCAUGUGCGCCUCUUAGAAGAAUGCUGGAGCGAAUGAUGGGGAGCUGCAGCCCAACGCGAAUCAACAGGUGUGGAAUUUCUCUCAAUUGCCUUUGCUGCCGACGGUUCUCUUAUAAACUGGAGCACGAUGAGCCAGCAGCUGUAGAUGUCUAAUGAAAGGCAGGAGGCACUUCUCGUAGGGCCCACCCACCCCCCUUUUUUAUUUUUGGAUCUCAAAAGAUCAGUGUUUCUGCUUCUCCUGGAAGCCCUUUCAAUGGAGUGCAAGAAAGGAAGCUGCCUUUGUAUUUGUAUUUUGUUCCGAAAACUUGCUGAAUUUCCCCCGCAACGUUGUCCGAUCCAGCAGCUGCAGUGUGCCUAGAGUGGCUUUGACCUACACACGGAGCUGCACAUGAGCUGGGGCUCCCCUGCUCUCUGCAAUACCAACAAGUGAUCCGAGUGCAUUUGCCAGGGAGCAGAAGAGAGUAGCUUCUGCUCAUGCCAAGCUUUGUGUGUGUGCCGCAGUCCAAAAAAAAAAGCUCCGUUUUUUUGCUUUUCCUUUUCUUGUGUGCAUAUAUCAAUGUGACCCCCCCCUUCUCUCUUGCCUUGUAUUUCCUUUUCCUCAAAAUCUGAUCACUGUCCUGAUUUAUUCCCCUGAUUUAGCUCUUUCUUUUGUUCGCAAAUUAGAAAACUGUUUGUGCAAUCUCUUGUUUGUUCAGUGUCUGUCUGCUCACUAGUCAUAUAUUGCAAUGUCUGAUUCUAGUUCUACAAAGGUUGCAUUUUCUUCCCUGAAAUAUAACUUCCUCUGUAAAUGUAAAAGGAACGCUUUGGGGAGGGUGUUGUUUUAUUUUGGGGCUUUUAUUUGUUCAUUGGCAGUGGAAGGUUUUUUUCAAAAAAAAAUUUUUUUUAACAAUAUGGAACAGGAGUUUUAUAUACUUAUAAUUGAACCAAAACUUGACAGAGCCAAAACUGCUCAAAAUAACAGUUUUUAAAUUUUCAGGACUUUUCCACUUCUAUCUGCAAUACAUGCCAUUCAGAAAUCAGUGCUAAAUGUUCCUUCAGUUGUAGAUACCUGUUUUUUAUUAUUUUAAAAAAGCAGUAUAUCCAAUAGAGCCCAUAUAAAUAUCCUUGAUGAGCGCGGUUAUGUUUGUAACCGUUUUAGAACAGCAAAUUUUAGAAUUGCAGAAUUUGCCUGCAACUUCAUCUUUCUGCUAAAACUAGGGUAGCCGGAAGGAAACAGCGUGACAAAAACACACAGAGAGAUUUGUGGGGUAGAAAAUCACCUGUUGCAGCUGAGUUUCUCCUAACACCUCCGAAUGAUAACAUGUUCUGGAAAAUCAUAGCCACUUCACUCACUCUCCGGCCCUGCGGCCACCGUACUACUCGGAGCUAAAUCAUGGAUAGACUUAAGAGUUGCGUGAAAAUCUGGCUCGCAUGCCAACACGCCACUCAAGAAAAAAAAAAUUGGUUGCAGCUCAUGGUUUGCUGGAAGUGAGACAAACCAUGAGCACAGAUUCUCAUGCAAGGCAAGAGUGUGCAGCUGUGGUUUAGCUCUGAGUAGCAGCAGCAGGAGCAAGACUGGGGGUCUCAUUCUUGCUAAGCCAUCAUUGGGUUUAGUGUUAUUUGCAAACCAGGCCAAUAUCGCAAAGGUUCUGGCUAUGCAUGGUUCUCACAAAAGGUAGGUAUAAUCUGCUUCAUGUUGAACUUCAGCUAACAAUUCUGGUGGUUUUUGCUUUUGUUUCUGCAUCAUCUAUAAGUGUAUGGCCAGCAUGGUGUGAUUAAAGUCUCCUAUUUGACAGAAUAGUACCCUCUCGAACUUACCAUGCAUCUUAAAAAGCAAUCUGAGAACAUGACUUGGCACCAUCCCAGCGCCCCCUGCAGCAUUUUCUGUUGUGAUUUUAAAUUCUGCUGAAAUAAUAUGGUUUGCCUUUAGAUCAUCACUUGAAAGAGACUUAUUGAUUUUCCUGGCCCAGUUUUACUUUGUAAUUGCACAGCACUGUUCCUCAGACAGUUUGGAAUUUUAGCUCGUCUCUUCGCCCAAGAUUAUACUGCAGCAAUUGUAGAGUAAAAGUUCAUUCCCUAAAAUCAUGGAUUUAGAGCUGUUGUGCUCUAGACACGGAGUAGAUGUUGCCCAAAUCACUGUGAUCAGAGACAAACAGGACAGUAUCAGUCUUCAGUAUUUCUUCCCCGAAUCUAUCAGAGCAGUGAGGUGUGCACCGAGAAUAAACUCUUGGGCACCUGGAGUCCUCAUUCACUUUCAUGAAAGGCUGCAGAGCAUGUAUUCAGAUCAGCUGCUGCACUGGGAAUGAAUGGGGAACCUGUUCUUAGCAGAGAACCCCUAGUGUCUGUUCUGAGUCAUUGGACCAGGGUGAAAUAAGUAAGCUUAGUGACAGUAGUCUCACCAUCUGCUUAUGACUGAUAACACUGUGGGUGUGAGCUGAGAACUUUCUAGUUAUCUGUCCCAGGACUGUCUGUUGUCAAAUGAAACACACAUCUUCAGGCUCUGUUUUCCAUAUUAUUUGUAGUACAUGUAGAACAUCUGUUUGAGCCAUUUCAGUUAUCCACUUCCAAUAUUACGAUUUUUCCACAUGGCCAACGGGUCCAGUAUCCAUCAAGUCUCUUGACUUACCCAUGCUAACAAUUUACCUGGUUUAUUGGCUCGAAGACAUUGUAUGACACCCAUGUUUACCAGCACUGAAUAUUCUGUCAAAUAAGAGGAUUUGGAAUGUGAAAUCAGUACCUGGUGACAUUCUGAAUGGGAAUGCUUUUGUUUCAUCUAAUGGUGUUAAAUGCUUGGAGUGAAGGGGAAAUGGGUACAGCACUUGAAAUCCUCUUUUAAUGCUUUAAAAUUAAAAUAUGAUUUCUAUUCUGAGCUUUCAUUGAUUUUUCAAAACAAGAAUUUGUGCAUGACUUUUCUAAGUUGCCAAAAUAUGUUGCUCGUCUGUCUUCCACCAAUCAAACUGUUCGUCAUUCCAUUAGUCACUCAAGUGUUAAUACUGGAUCGUGUGGUUUUAUUAAUGAUACAGGUUCAUAGCUACUUCCUCAAGAUAUUUCAGAUAGCUGGGAUGGAGAUGGAUGUUUCCAUUAUUAUUUAUUUUUGUUUUUUGUUCCAAAUGUGUGUGUUUUUAACUUCCCAAUCUCUCUCCUGAAAUACAUGUGGCACAAUCUCAUGCCACUAAUAUGCAUCUUUAACCGCAGAACACAAAGUUUUUGCGCUCAUUCCAGUGAGAGGAAAAUAUUCCACAAUGACUAGACGAUCCUGCUCUUCACUGCAUGCCACGGCUGACUAACCUAUGGCCCCUUCCAUAUGUUGACUUGCAAUUCUCAUUGGCCCCAUCAAGUGUGACCAAUUGUCAGGGGUGGUGGAUAUUGUUCUGAGGGGCCAUAGGUUAGUCACCUCUAGUGCAUGAUAAGCAGCAAUUCCCCUGUAGACAAUCCUGAGAAUCCUCCCCCACAGGGUCCCGAAUCAUGGCCACUACAUGAAAACAAGCCCCAUAUGUGUAAAGGGGCUUUGUUUACAUAAUUAUGAGCUAGUAACAGGGGUGCUUCAAACAUGAAGCUAUUUCCCAUUUUUCUGGGUCUGGGAAUGUUCUGUUGAUCACAUGCAAAAUGUUACAACGCACAGAUUCAUCCCUGGCCAUUGGCUGUCCUGGCUGGAGCUCAUGGGAUUUGGAGUCCAGCAACAUCUAGAAGGCCUUGGGUUCCCCAUCCCUGUUUUUAAACUAUUCGCAUUAGAUGGGGAAAGGAUGGACCCUUGGCUCACUUCCUUUUGCUUUUCUUUUUUAAUCCUUUUAAAAAAUCCCCCUCCCCACUUUUUCCAAACAGAAAUUCACAUUUCCAGUCAGCAAAACUUCUUUCUUAUUGUUACUUUAGAUCAUGGAGCUCUACGGAACCCUUCUAUACCAACGACCGAAGCAUCUUGACGUUGUCCACAAUGGACUCAAUCAUAUGUUGAGACUUUUCUCGGUGUCUUGUGGAAAUCCAUAAGUUUGCUAGCUUACAAACAGAUUCAGUAGCAUACCACUGGUUUAGCAAAUCUGCUAUCCACCUCCCACCCCCAAUUAUUAUUUUUUUAAGAAAAAUAUUUUUGUCCUGGAGUGUCUCUUAUUUCCCCCCAAAUUGUUGCAGAAGAUUUAAGGAGAUUUUCCUCUGGGUUCCAUGCCAAACAGCCUGGGUGGAAUAGUCUGUAUUUCAUUUGAAUGUUGCUGGAAGGCAAUUAUGAUUUGUUCUACUGUAAGAAUAUUGAUUUUGAAGGUUCCAGCUUAUCAUUUGCAACGAACCAUGUUGAAAAUGCCAUUUAAUGGAGCCGAAACUUAUUGGCAUUCUUCAAAUGGAUACUCUUGGUUUUCCAUGAUCGAGUCAAUCAACAACAAUAUGUUGGAAUCACUUUAAAAUGAAUGACGUGGUUUGAUUUGCUCUCCAGAGAUCUGUACUCUUAAGAAGAUAAUCAAGAUAGGACAUUGCUGGCACUGUUAAUGUGGUAGCUGCAUCAUCUCCACAAAUUUGAGAGCUCAAUAUUUGUCAUACCCUUGUCAGACUACCUGGAAGUUUUGAACAUGGAAAAUCACAGCAACGUGUUGUUGAAUGAAUAAUAGCUUUGUUCCCCAGGCAUGCAUGAUUUUUAGGGGGUGCUUUUUGUACACAUUCCCCCCCUCCAUAUAUUUAUUUAGUAAUAUUAUCCUCUUAAUACGAGAGCACUUCUAAGCAGUUAAUUAUUCCCCUGCUUUGUGCAGGGACUGCAGACUUAGUGGCAGCCCUUUUAUGAAUCCCAUAUCACCCCUGUGCAGGAGUUCACAUUUCAAAACGCAACCCCUGUGCAAAUUGCUCGCACGUCCACUGCAGUUUCCUUUUUGAGCCAAACAGGUCAUGAGUGGCACUGAGAAGAGCAUCUUCCUGGUGGAGGAAAAAAAAACCCACAAUGUAUAAAAUGAGGCCAUUGUGUUUUGUUUCCGUAUCGGGGCUCAACCGCAUUGAGUGCAGUGAGCUCAUGACACCCAUCAUCUUUUGCCAGGCACCAGUGGGGUUGCUGCUCUCACCAGCCAAAUGCCCCUAUAAUGUCCGCUUUGGAAUUCCCAUUUCUUUCCCCACCACGCUGCUUUUGAGGCAGCCUUAACUAGCUGUGUUGGUGGCUGCUUCCAAAAAAUGCAGCAAGCCUCAAAGAACCCCGUUCUGUGUUUGGAUCUCAUUGCAUUGACCUCUGGGUUGGGCUCUCUGCUUGCAGACACUGUCACUUUUAGGAAUGGCUGCAAGUGUUGUGUUUUUUGCCACAAGUUCAUGUUUUCCUUAGAGGGGGGGGAGGGUAACAAUUCCAUAUACGCCAGCAGCACUGUGACACAGCUCCCGUGCAUUUCAAUUUAGAUACGCAAAGGAAGGAAGGCGCUCCCGAUGGAUGACACCCCUUGUGAUCAGAUAGCUGCUGUUUGCAUAAGUGAUUUUGUCUCCAUUUUUUCUCCUUAUUCAGUCCAUUUUGUCAGUGACAUAAACCACUAAUUCAUACAUCCUGUUGCCCUCCUGGUUUUUCAUUUCAUCUUUUCAUUUCAUCUUUUCAGGCAAAAGGUUAGAAAAGGCAUCAGGCUUGACAAAUAAUCCAGCUCCAAGCAUUUAUUGAAAUGUAUAACUUAAGUUACUUUU